AUGGCAGGGGAAGCACGCACUGCCCCAGUCUCCCUACACACUCGGUUACGGAAUGCAGGUGCCAGGCGCGUAUACCAGCGCAUCUGGAACGAUGCCACCGCCACGGCGACCACGGUCGGCGGCAACGUGGUCAUGUGGCUGAUCAUCGCUUCACUCUUAUACGGGACACCGUUCGGCACCCUAGCCUUUUUCGCCAAAAGCUCGCUGCUGCUCUUCGCCGUCCUCCUGAACUCGCUUCUCACCGUCACAGAGAUCAAUUCGCUUUACACUCAGCGUCCCAUUGUCGAGAAGCACAAGACAUAUGCCUUCUAUCAUCCGUCCACGGAAGCCCUCGCAGGCAUUGUGUCCGACAUAACCAUCAAAAUCGCCUCGAACAUCGUUUUCAACCCGAUCGUUUACUUCCUCGGUGGCCUGAGGUAUGAGGCCGGGCCGUAUUUCAUUCUCUUCAUCGUCAACUUUGCCACGCUCCUUACCAUGAGCUGCAUAUUUAGGACGGUCGCAGCAGCAAAUAAGACCAUAGCCCAGGCUCUUGCUAUUGUAGGGGCCUUCCUGCUCGCAGUGGUCAUCUACACCGGUUUCGCAUUUAAAGCGCUCAUUGUGAACGAAUUCCACGGAAGGGAUUUUCCGUGUUCGAAUGUCAUUCCGGCCUACCUCGGUUUCAGCACCGGCGUCGGCGUGGUGACUGGCGACAUGUUGAUUAACGUAAUAAGAUCUCCAUUUACAUACAUCGACCGUGAGAGAGGCUCUUCAACCGAAAUCGACACCAGUGCAAGAGAAAUGCUGGACGAGACCGAAUUUGCUGGAGCAGUCAUUGGCACUCCCGGUCAAGGGUUGAACGUCGAGCAGCGGAAGCUCCUGAAGAUCGGCGUCGAGCCCGCGGCCAAACUAACUGUUCUUCUGUUUCUGGGAGAGCCAACGUCGGGUCUUUACAGUCAGUCCUCCUGGACGAUCGUUUCCUUCCUCCGCAAGCCGUCCUGUCGACCGGAUGCACCAGCCCUCGGCGACCCCCUUCGAACAGUUUAA